AUGAACAUCAUCCACCACCAAAACCACCUUUCCAUCACCACCGCCCUCUCCCACCUCACCACACCCACUCCAUCCUACUCCGUCCGCCGCAUCCGAGCCGAAUACCUCGCCGCCACAAAAAACGGGCCAACAUCCCCACAAUGCGACUUCCUCUCCUUUCGCCCAUUCAGCCCCGACCACCUCUUCGAUAUCAUCGGCACGAUAGCCGGUCCAGUCGGCUCUCCCUAUGAAGGGGGUAUUUUUCACAUCCAUAUUCGCAUCCCAGCAUUGUACCCGGAUCUACCGCCGAUAUGCACUUUCAUGACGAAGAUCUGGCAUCCGAAUGUUGGCCCAUACGGGGAAGUUUGUUUGAAUAUCUUGCAAGAUGAGUGGAGUCAGGCACUUUCUGUGAGGACUGUUUUGUUAUCGAUUUCUGCUAUGUUGGGGGAUCCGGGAAUGGCAGUGGAAGGUGGUAAUGCUGUGUAUGGCUUUGCGAAUGUGGAGGCGGGGAGCAUGUGGAUGGGUAAUCCGGGAGUGUUUGAGAUGGCUGCGAGAGAUUGGACGAGGAUGUAUGCCUAA